AUGGAACAAAAAGGUAAAGAUAAUAGAGAAGACGUACAUGUUGGUACAGUCGCGAGUCGUGCGAAUGCUGAUGGCGACGAAGAAACUGACGCAAUGGUGAAUAAAAAGGAAACGAACAAGAAAGGAAAGUCGACAAUGAGUUCACUUGGACGAUUCAUAUAUGAUCCACAAAGAAAAACCUUUAUGGGUCGUUCCUCCGAUAACUGGGCGAAAGUUGCAAUAUUUUAUUUUGCUUUUUACCUAUUUUUGGCAUUGUUCUUCUCUGCUGUGGUCGCCGUAUUCGCCCUAAUGCUUCCGCGUAAUGAACCACGAUAUUACAACAGGAGAAGUACAAUGGGUGUUCGUGGUCAUGUAAACAUCGGAAUGGGUUUUCGACCACAACCAAGUAUAUACAGUAAUCUUAUUCUAAUCACAAACGAUGAACAUCAGCAAACUAAAAUAGCUUCAUCAUUACGGCUUUUCAGAGACGUUUUCUUAUUGCAAAGAAGGACGGAUAAUGUUGAAGAAUGCACACCCCAGAAUCCCGCAGCCAGAUUACCCGAAGGGCUCGCGUGCUCGUUUCAUUGGUUUAAGAUUGUUCCAACGCAACAUCAUCCAUGUUCCGACGAAAAUAAAUAUGGUUUUGCUGAAGAAAAACCGUGUGUUCUGAUAAAAUUGAACAAAAUUUAUGGUUGGACACCAGAGCCCGGUCCAUUAUUCCCGGGUUCUUCUCGGUCUAGACCACCCGCUUCCGUACAACACAUAAAGGCAGAUAUCACGAAUAAAAAUGCAAAUGUUUAUGUUACAUGUAGUGGAGCUGCUGUCGCAGAUGAUGAUGUUUUAUCGAAUUUAACUUAUUACUCUCUUCUAACCUUGAAUGGUAAUUCGGAAUAUGGUGGCAUUCCUUAUUAUUACUUUCCGUUCAAAAAUGCACCAGAUCACGUACAACCGUUUGUGUUAGUUAAAUUUAAUUCUUUACCGAAGAAUCGUUUAAUAACUGUUCGAUGUCAAGCAUGGGCUAGAAAUAUUAACCAUGACACAAAACAUAUGCGUGGAAUGGUCAUAUUUCAACUGUAUCGAACAGACGACUCAGAAAAUAUGAGCAUAUCAGAACAUAAACGAUCUGUUAUUUCCAUGUCAAGAUGA